AUGGAUGGAGCCAGUAGUGCAAGCGGCGGCGAAGGCUCGGCAGAGCCACAUCCGUCACCGCCACCGCCAGAACGGCGGUACAAGGGCGUCCGGCUGCGGAAAUGGGGCCGGUGGGUGUCGGAGAUCCGCAUGCCCAACAGCCGUGAGAGGAUAUGGCUCGGCUCCUACCCGUCCGCCGAGAAGGCGGCGCGUGCGUUCGACGCGGCAGCCGUCUGCCUCCGCGGCUCCCGCGCCGGGUCUCUCAACUUCCCGGAGUUCCCGCCCGACGUCCAGCACGUCCCUGGCAUGGUGCCUACGGCCGAGUGUAUCCAGGCCGCCGCCACGAGGCACGCGAACCGCGCAUCGCAGGACGUGACGAGCACGAGCAAUGGCAUAGCUGUAGAGUCAUCGCCCUCCGCUGGCAGUGCCGCUGCCUACGACGAUGUGCUUGAUUGGUCGUUUAUGGAUGCCUUACCGUCGGUGCCAGCGUCGUCGGCGCCGGGGACUAAUGUUCCCGCUAUGGAUGAUGUCAUGUUCGGUUUCUCGCCGAUGCCGCCUCCGACGCCGCCAGAAGAGGCGGGCGAGGAUAUGAUCAACGAUGAUGGUGAUGACCAUGCAUUUGUAUCUGACCUCUGGAGGUUCUGA